AAUUAUACUCACAUUAUAAAUGUUAACACAUUAUUCUGUUAUUCUUUUCGUAUUUUUACCAAACAUAACCCUAGAUUAUGUUGGUAGCGCCGCGAGAAUUAAACCCGCGAAAUUUAGCGCGAUCCAUACUCAUUCAACAAACCGUACGAAGAGAAUUCUUGAAUUUAACCUGGAAUCAACAAUAAACCAAAACAUUCCCACAAAUAAUUCCGCAUAAUGUUAAGUCAUAAAACAAGUUAACUAAUAAUACUGCCAUGGGUAUCCAGGGACUUCUCCAAUUCUUAAAAAACAGUGAUGAAAAUCUAAGUGCUAUCAAACCGUCGCAUUUAAGCAAGCUACGUGGAAAAAAGGCCGCAAUCGAUGCAUAUUCCUGGCUACACAAGGGUGUUUACACCUGUGCAGAUGAUUUAUUCCUCAAUAAACCAACUACCAAGUAUGUUGGUUAUUGUCUUAAAAACAUUAAAAUGCUCCUGGAUCAUUCCAUAACACCAGUGCUGGUCUUUGAUGGAGGCAGAAUGCCCUUCAAAGUAGUUGAACAAAAAAGAAGAGAAGACAGGAAAAGAGCGAAGAAGGAAGCAGAUGACCUCAUUGCAGCAGGCCGAAUGAAUGAAGCCUACUCACAAAUGGUUCAAAGUAUAAAUGUAACUCAUGAAAUGGCUUCUAAUUUAAUGAAAGCAGCUAGGAAAUUAGGUGUGGAGAGUGUAGUGGCUCCCUAUGAAGCAGAUGCACAAUUAGUUUAUUUAGAAAAAUCCGGUUUAGUUGAUUUUAUCAUCUCAGAAGACUCAGAUCUGAUUGUUUUUGGUGCUCAAAAGGUCUUUCUUAAGAUGACCCCUUCAGGACAUGGAGAUCUCUUUGAUGCUGACUGUGUUGAACUAUGUCUGCAGGCUAAUAAACGCCUCAAAGGCAAUUUUCUACCUCAAAAGUUGCUGUUUUCUGCAAUUUUAUCCGGCUGUGAUUAUCUUAAGAAUCUGCCAGGUAUCGGGCUGAUCAAAGCGUGGAAGUUUAUGAAUAUGACUGAGAAUACUAAUAUAAGACAAUUCUUGACAAAAAUACCGAGUUACUUGAAACUAUCUGUUGAAAUUGAUGAUGAAUACAAAGAGGGGUUCAUUAUGGCAUGGCUCGCGUUUCAGUAUCAGUUGGUUUUUGACACGAGGCAAAAAAGGCGGGUUCCUUUACACGCUGUGACAGAUGAUGUCUCUAAAGAUGAUUAUGAUACGUUUUUAAGUCGUUUUGAAGGGACUAGUGUGGAUCAUUUGCAAUUAGCGCUUGGGAAUAUUGAUUCCAGACAAAAAGAGUAUGAUAAUUAUCAUCCACAUAUGUUAUCUUAUUUAUAUUAUGGAGUGGAACAGGCAAGUAAUAAUAUUACAACUCCUGAAAGUCCUGUGCUUGGAUUCAGCACAGAAGGUGUGUACAAACGUAGGCAAAGCAAAAGAAAAAGCCUUCCAACAGAAGAGGCAAUAUAUCAAGAAGAUGAAGAUAUAGCAAAUUAUUACAAAAAUAUGAGUCCGAGAGUUGUCCCCAAAAAGGAAGAAUCUCCACCUGUGCAACCACCACGCAAACGUAUAAAAUGUAAAUUUUUCAAGUACAAAUCACAGGAUGAUGAUAAUGAUGACUCUCUAAAAGUACAAAGUCGUUUCUUCAAGAGUAAAGAUGAAGAUAUAAUAACAAAUACUCCUAACGAAAAUAUAGAUAAUCAAAAUGAAGAUGAAGAUGACCUGAAGAAAGUAUAUAAAGACGCUGGAAUUGAAUUUGAUUCCGAAGCUUCAAAUGAUGCGAAUGAAGCAAUUAAAACCACACAAAAAGAAGAAAUGAAGACUCCCGUGAAAGAUGAUGUUGAAGAUAUUGUAAUCACACCUGACGUACCAGAAUCUCCUAUUAUUACAAGUCAAGCCGAAAAAAUCAAGCCUAAAUUUAAAGAAAUUCAAAAUAUAAAAAGCUUUGCAAAGGCUAAGAAACCACGAAUUGUUCCUAAGAAUCAGCCCACUUUAUUAGGGUUUUUUAAGAAGCUGUGAAACGUAUUAUUGUAUUAAGUAUUAUUUAUAAUUAUAGUUAAUUUUUUUACCGACAUUAAAGAAUUUUUCAUUGAAAA